AACCUAUUACACUGUGCUAAAUAGUAUUAAAAUGCUAUAUAUUAAAAGAUCUUUCAUCUGAUCUAAAUUUUAACAAACCGCUCAUUAUUUUCUCUUAAACUCACAAUGUUCACGACAUUUCUGGCGCCCCCGGGUGGGCGUGUUUGUUGGAAACAUGUCAUAUGAAAGAAUAGAUAGGGCAUGCUUCUUAUUCGCUACCAGCGCCAAAGGCAAGAGGCAGAAGAUGGAGGAGGACAUAGAGAAAACUCAGAUCACGAGAUGCGGCGAAAAAUCAACGACAGAGAUCUCAAAGGAGAAAGUCAUCGAGCGGCAACCAGAGGGACACUCAUCUGCAUAUUCGUCUGUGGUACUAUUCUUCUGUCUGUGGGAAUUUCCGUUCUCUUUGUUGGACUUCUUGUUCCUGAUUUUAAAAAGGACCCAACGCCUUGGUUGGUUAUAGGUCCAACUUGCAUAGUUCUCGGCAUCUUAGUUCUGCUUUUAUCGGUAGAAAUAAUCUUAAAAUUAAGAAAGAUUUCUUCAUCGACUAGGUCAUCCGCCGAGAGGGAAAGUACGCCAAAGAAAGGGAAGGAAACUCAAAAAAAUAGUUGGGGUAAUGAUAAUAAUGAUGAAGAAACUGCUACUAAGGAUUCAAUGCCAAAGGCUAUUCCUGUCGUAGUCCACCCUGCCACGCCACUUCAACAGCUAGAUGCAACAUCAUUGCCAGUGGACGUUGUACAGCACAGGUGAAGUUGUUAGAUAUCUACUUAGAUAAAACUGCUGGAAAUCUGCUUAUCAGAAUUUGACCUUCUUUUCCUUUCUAAAAGCAUACAAGAAGUGCUGAAAGUGAAUAAUUCUAAUAAUUUUGCAAAAAUAGUUAAUCAAAGAAACUCCGAAAUUUCAUAAACACUCAGGAAAAAAAAAUUUUAGAUGCUUCAUCCAGAAACUGGAAGUACGAAGGAAGCAAAUAAUAGCAGCAGCGUGAACGUAAUUGCGAUAAUGAAAAACAUUUUAUGUUGUCACUAUACAUGACUUCCUUUUACCGCCUAUUAAAUUAUACAAAUUUUUUGCUGCACUUCAUUCAACCUUCUUUCUUCGAAUUCCAUUAGAGAUAUAUUUCUCAUUCAAUUAAUUCGCUUCUCACUUAAGGUAAAAAUACAUAAAAGCUCAAAACAUGUUCAUUAAAAAUUGUAAAAUAUAGGAAAACCUAAAACACCAAAUCCAGUUAAGCGCAGAGUUCCGACACCUGUGCGGCUUACUUAAACUAUUCGGUUCAACACCAAAUACAGUUAAAAACAAUUCUUACAAUUAAAAUUAGAGUUCUGUAGGAAAACAAGCAAUUCGGCCAGUGAACAAGAAGACAAAUUUUCGGCGCACAGAAUUGAAAGUUACCUUUUGGUACCACUGGGCGAAAAAGGUACUGAAGUUGUUGCACAAGGUGAUUCAAUUUACUAUUCUGCUAACAGUUCAAAAUGGGAACAAAUGGCGGCCUCAUUAAGCUUAGCGCCGCUUUUAAAAUGUUGAUCAUACUACAACUAGUGCAUGCAGAUUAACUAAAGACAUAAA